AUGUCUGUUUUGUUCGAUGGAUUUGGCUACGUUUGCGCUAGAAAUCUGGGCUUUUUAGAGUACGGAGGUCGUGACGACAGGUGUCAAAUGCACACGACGCCAGUCAACCAGACAGAGGCUCACUGGGCGGCGGUGUGGGCCAGGUGUGAAGACUUCAUGGGCCUUGUCCAUACCGUUUUCGUGUGGUUUCCAUUCACACCCGAUUGGGUGUUGUCAUCACUUCGCUUCGCCCACUCCGAUAAGACCGACCGAGAUCCCCUUUUCUCCACUGGCCUCGUGAACUGGCACGAGCUUCAAUUAGAGGCGAGAGAGGCGGUCUGA